AUGAAAGCUUACAACUCUGAAAUCCAUCUUGAUGCCGAGGGAGGAGUUCCUUCGGCAGCUAUCUGGGAGGCCCCACUUCUGAUCUUGCACGAUGUGGUAAAUGCAGAAGACAAACUGGUGCUGGAUUUUGAGUACAUGGAUAAGGAUUCGAAACACUAUAUUGAUGCUCGAGGUAAGCUACUUGAUACGACUACUGCCAAUUUCUCCCCGCACGAGAUCGGCAUUUUGCAUUGGUACCUGAAGACCGAGAACCUGCUCCUCGAUCAGAAUGGACGGCUAGAACUUGUGGAUUUCGGAAGGGGGCCCCCAUCAGUACAUUCUCGAAUGGCGUGGCUACUCUGUGGUCCCCACACCCCAAUGUGCUGCUUCGAAGUUGCAGCCACCACAUCAGCACUGACAUCUGGUCCGUCGGAUGUAUUAUGGCUGACGUAUACGGGCUCUCCUUUAUUUGCUGGAAGGACAGAAAAAGACCAACUUUUGAAGUCUUCUGUAUUAUGGGAUUACCAACCGAGCUCUCCUGGCCAGGGAUCAGCCUAUUGCCCUAAUAUAGAACUGACUCUCCGUUUUGCUCCUCUACAAUGUCUGCAGUAUCUUAUAUUGCAAACAGAUCCUCGAGGCAUUGACCUGCUGGGAUGUAUGCUGCAGUUAUGUCCUAAGGCGCGCAUUAGUGCUGCUGAUGCCUGCAGCACCUCUGGUUUUAAAGAUGUACCUGAUGUGUUCCGGUGAGUGCAUCCCAAACAGAUCCUCAUAUCAACAAGGAUCUUAGCUGUCUGUAUAAAAAGAAAAUUUAUCACCGAACAGCACCUGCCAUGAUCUGACCUGGCCUACAUUAUUGACCAGGCUCCUGGGUAUUGCACAAUAAAUAGAACUCACUGUGUGAUGCA